AUAACUCGUUUACUGGAAAUGGAACGACUACAGCACGUGACGAUACAAAAAGAGAAGAGACUACAAGCUAACUUAAGUCCUCUGAUAGUUCCUGAAUGCCCGGCCUCCUCCAAAGCUGCACCUCAAGCGAGGCAGCCAAAACUUUCUGACUCUUUGAAUCUUCAGGCACUCUGUGUGGAUAAAAAUAGGGAGAAAAGAAAAAACACUUCUGAUUCGUGCAAACUUGAACAAAGUGCUUCAAAAUGGAACUGGAAUAAUGCUGCAAAAUAUAGAUGGAAUUCUAGGCCAACAUCUCUAAAAAGUUCAUCCACUAAAAAACAGCUGAUUGCAACUUAUGAUGACUUUAAGAAUCCCAAAAGCUCCAUUUUAAAUCUAUGCCAAGAACUCUCAACAAAGGCUGGCAGUGCCCAAACAACUCAAUCACUGGUUAAAAUGGUCUCAACAAGAUGUCUUCCAACAAGGUCCCCAAUACCUAUUUCACCCAUACCCCUGUCUUUUCCCGAAAAUCUGAGAGAAGAAAUUAAGCCAGCAAGAACCAAAAAGAAACUUUAUCAAAGAAAUAUAGUAUUGAAUAGACCAUUCUAUUUUCAAAAGCUAAACUGUCUAUCACCUUCAUUUAUAACUAAAGAUAACUGUUCACCCAUUGGCCCAAAAUAACCUUUCCUAGAUACAUCUCACUUUCAGCUAACCGAUUUCUAGAAGCCUAGCUAAAAUAUGGUUCACCAUUCUGAGAAACAAGGAUUUAAAACACACACACACAAGACCAUUGCUUCAAGUGAUAUGGAGUGGACUUUGUGAAAAUUAUU